AUGGUUUUAAAUUUAAUAAGCAUUCCAUCAAAGCCAGAAGAAAUAGAAAAUCCUAAUCCUAUAAUAUAUGCUCAUUAUACUUUAAAAGGUUUAUAAACUGGUAUCUUUGUAGGUUCAGGCUUAUAAAUUAUUAAUAAUUUGUACGACAUGUAUCUUAUGAAAACUGAAAACAAGUUUAAUUGGAUGAAAGUUGGUUCAAAUGCAGGUUUAUUUAUACUUCCAGGUUUAAUAAUUUUAAAUAAAAGUUGUUAUGAUUAUCUUUCUACUUCUAUUUAAAAAAACCAGCUUACAGCUUAUGAAAUUUUGAAAGACUAAGGAUAACACUUAGUGGAUGAUAUUACAUUUGGAGGUUUAUUUGGUGGUGCUAUUAUUGGUGCUCUUUAAGGACAAAGGUAUAUUGGAUCAAUAUUAUCUUCAGCUUCAUUAGGGGGAUUAGCAGGCCUUUUACUAGGUUGUGGAAUUUUUUUUUAUAAACAAGAUGCCAAUCGUCAUUGA